AUGGCGGAAGAAAACUUCUCUGCUGCUUUGACGACAUGGAAGGAGAUCAACCUGUCGGAGCUGCAGAAAUCGCUCGACUCAACGGCAUUGGAGUUGGUAGAAAACCAGAAAGAGAACCUUGUAGGUAGGAAGAAAUUAGCUGAGCAAACGAGGGAAUUCAAGAAGCUUCCAGACGACGCAGAGAAAUUCAGCGCUAUCAAAGUCCUCCUAAAAGCCUAUCAAGGAGAGAUUGAUUCCCUCACUCGUCGAUCGAAAGUAUCCGAGACGUCCUUCUUAAACGUCUACAAAUUACUUGCAGAUGCUCCAGAUCCUUAUCCACUGUUGGACGCGGCCGUCGACCAGACUGUUAAGAUCGCAGAGGCGAGGGUCUUGGAAUCUGAAUUGAGCAGGUUGAGGGAAGAGAAUAAUGAUCUGAAGAAGAAUUUGAAAGAGUACAAGGACUCGGAGGACAGGAGGAAGAAAGCUGAGAAUAAAGUGGAGCAGAUUGAAGAGAAGAUGGAAGAGUUGAUUCAGGAAAGAGUGAAUCAGAAAGAGAAUGAACUCAAUGCGGAAUACGAUGAGAGAAUGCGUAAUUAUGAAGAGAGAGAGAAAGACCUACAAAGACAGGUCGAAACUGUUCGAAACCAAUUGAGAGAUAUGCACUCCUCGAACGAAAGUACUCAAGCUAAAUUGAUGGAUGCGAGUCAGAGGCAAGAACAAGACGUUGCUGCUAGAUUAGCAGAAUUGGAUAUGGUGGCUGCUGAUUUAUCAAGAGCCAAUGAGCGAGUGGCUACAGUUGAGAGGAGGAAUGAAUUGUUAAGAUCGGAGAUAGAAUCCGUUCGAAGUGGAUCUCAACAAGCUGAAAAGGUCAAAGCUCUUGAAUCUCAGAUCGAAGAGCUGGAAGCGGAAGCCUCCAGAUUACUCAGAGCGUUGGAUCAAAUCAAAGAGCGGAAAGCCGAAUCUGCGAAAGCAGCGAAGAAAAAGGAAGAUGAAUUGGCCAAAGAGGUCGCUUCUCAGGCUACUGAGAUUCAGAAUCUCAAGAAUAAGGUGAAGCAGUAUGGUGAUUACGAUGAAAUUAAGAGAGAAUUGGAGAUUAUGAAAUACGUUGAAUUUUCAGGAGCAGAUUCAGAUGUAGAAGACGAAGGAGACUUCGAAGAAUCUGGACUUUCUCUGAAAUUACCCGAUCCAAAUGCGACAGUAGCGAACAAAUCGUCUAAUCGAUCACUUGAGAACUUGCUAGUAUCCAAGAACCGAAAGUUGUUAGAAGAUCUUACCAAGUUGAGAGUAUCAUAUGAGGAGUUGAAUUCUGAACAUUCAAAGACGGAUGAGAUCAUUGAGAAUCUCCAGAUGGACCUAAACAAGCAAUUGAGUUUGGUGGAGAAGUUGGAGAAUGAUUUGAUGAACAUCAAUAAUAAAGAUGAUAAUGAAAAGGAAGGAAAGGGAUUACAAGGAUUAGAUAUUGGUGGUAGUAAAGUUGAUGGUCGAGCAUCACCUGCUACUCAAGCUCAAGACAAUUCUAUCCUUCCCAUCGUUACUUCCCAAAGGGACAGAUUCAGACAACGUAAUGCCGAAUUAGAGGAAGAAUUAAGAAAACAAUUCGAGAUCAUAUCUGAUCUUCGUACGGAGAUUAAAUCCCUUCAAGCUGAUAAUCUCAAACUAUAUGAAAAAGUUAGAUAUAUGGGAUCUUACGGUAUUUCAUCUAACAAUAACAACAAUCCAAAUGGUAUAAGUGGAUAUAAUGUCCCGGGAAGUUCAUCAAGAGGUGGGUUAAAUGGUGUUGGAGUAGGGAUUGGAGCAAGGAGAGACGAUGAAAUUGGGAAAUAUAAAGAUAAAUAUGAUGAGAGUUUGAAUCCUUUCGAAGCGUUUAAAGGUAGAGAAGCGCAAAGAGCUAUACAAGCGUUAAACCCACUCGAAAGAGGUGUAUUCUCCCUGACGAGAGCUAUAAUAGGUAAUAAGAGAGCUAGGAGCCUGUUCAUACUGUAUGCUGCGUCGCUGCAUAUUUUGAUACUGUUCGUACUAUGGAACACAAUGGCUGCUAGCGAUUCCAAUGCUCAUCCUCCUGUAUCUAUACAUCCUUAA